AUGGGUUGCGGUUUGUCGCGGCCUUGGAGGCGCCGGCCUCGGGAGGCGUCGGUUCAAAGCAUCCGACCGCUGCCCGAAUCGAGUGACGGGGAGGAAGAGGAGACGCCGCUGCUCCUGGCCGUGAGAGAAGAGCUGUGCGACAAGGCGGCCGAUGAACCGGAAAUCCACGGCAGAUCUGCCAUUUUCCCAGCUGGUUCCGGGGCUUUCUCCGUCAAAGUCUGUGGUUUGCUCGGCCUGGCACUGGCUAUUGCGGCCGCGGUGGUGUUGCGAGAACCGUUGGGCAAAGAGUUCCACGUCUUGCAUGCGAAAAUGCUGGAUUUGGGCAACCUGCGCAGGUUCGCCCCAGGGCCUUGCUUCACCGACCAGAUCCGGAAGAUCAUGGAGUGGGCCAUCCUGACGUGCGGUGAGCAUCGCACACAGCUGUUACUCUCUGGAAUGUUGCUGUUGGCUCUGUUUCUGUUGAAAAAGUGCAGCGAAAGUGUUGCAGAGUUUGUUGUCCGAAAAUUUGCAGGUGAGGAGCACGUCGAAAGAUUUUUUGCAGAAGCUGAAGUGGCUCAAAUGGUUUUGCUGUGGCUGGCCGACAUGCUGUCAGAUGUGUACGUGACCUACAAGUACUGCAAGCAGAAGAUGUAUGUUUUUGCUCUUCUGAUGAUCUUGAUUUGGCUUGGCAGCGGAUGCGUAGCUUUUGGCCACAGAUAUGUGAGCUGGGAACGGUGCAGAGGUGGAACCAACGCUGGCUAUUGGUUCUCAGGCUUGAACCAGCAUGGUGAACCAAAGCCUGGUUUCAAGAGCUUCGCGCUGUACCUUGCGCAGGUCCAGCCUGUGAUCAUGGCCUGGGACGGCUGGCUUCAUGGCAUGACUCGACACCUGCGUGAGGAAAAGAUGUUGGCUGCGCUGGCUGAGGGUGCGCCGUCGAGUUUGUUGCAGCUUUAUGCCAUGAUGCUGGAGCCGCCCCAAGAAAAUUUGUUCGACCUGCUCAUUUUGUGCGGCUCAAUCGCUAUGUCCAUCCUGACCGUAGCGGUGGGAAUCAACAAUGCCUAUGAACUCUGUGUUCCUGAAAGCCGCAAACUGGAGAACAACAAUUUGCCACCCGGUGCCUUGCUAUGCUUCAGAUGGUGCGACAGUUUUUCGCGCAUUGGUGCUUGGGCAUUGCUGGGAAUGUGUCUUCGGCCGAUUGGUGCCAAACUUCAUGGGGUUCAGCAGCCGUAUUUGCCUCUGAUACUGGCAGCGAAACUGCUGUUGAUCACAGCAGUCUUCAAAUCCCGAAGUUUCGGGUUGAACCUGGCAUGGUCUCAGCUCUUCAAGAAAGAAUAUCUUGUCAGUGUCAUGGCCUGCUUCCUUGGCACCUACUGGUGCUGCAAUACGGCAGAUUUAGCAGCCCAACAUAGGCUUUUCAGAUCUUUGAUUGCGCUCCAUAUCAUGCAAACUCUGGGAAUAUUGUGGUUGUGCGCUUGGUCUUUUUCCAUUGCAGCUGGAAGUGACUGCCUUGCGGUUAAGCAGCCUGCCGUGGUGAUCAUCGCCUUGUUGGUUCUAUUCACCUUUGCUGUUACAUUCCUCACGGCACUGGCGCACGACGUCGCCUUGUCGUUGUUUGCUUUGCCCUUCUUCCCCGUCAUCGCAGGCGACCGGGGUGGACGCUUGGAGCUGGCAGCGCGGUUCGGUGUGGCAUCGCAGAUUCCACGCCUGCUGCGAUCAGCAACAAAAAAAAACAAGGCCGUGGCGGCGCUGUGCCAGGCUGCUGAGGCUGGGCAGAGCUCGGUGAUCCACGCGCUGGUCGACGCCGGGGUUUCGCUUACUGCGAAGUGGCGAGGCCAAUCUGCGCUGCACUGGGCCGCUGCGGGGGGCCACGUCAGCACCAUCCAGGCACUGCAAUCGUGUGGCAAAACCGAUUUGGAACGGGCGACGGACCACGGAGAGACUGCGGCAAUGCUUGCGGCCAGUGACGGCCAUUUGGAGGUCGUGCAAUUCCUUCACACUGCCGGAUGUGACUUGGACAAAGCCAACAACGAUGGUGACACUGCUGGAAUUCUUGCGGCCUACAACGGCCACUUGGAGGUGGUGAAAUUUCUUCACAGGGCCAGAUGUGACUUUGGCAAAGCCAACAACCAUGGUUGGACUGCUGGAAUUCUUGCGGCCCAAAACGGCCAUUUAGGGGUCGUGCAAUUUCUUCACAGGGCCGGAUGUGACUUGGACAAAGCCAACAACAAUGGUAACACUGCUGGAAUUCUUGCGGCCCGACACGGCCAUUUAGAGGUCGUGCAAUUUCUUCACAGAGUCGGAUGUGACUUUGACAAAGCCAACAGAUUUGGUAACUCUGCAGGAAUUGGGGCGGCCCGAAGCGGCCAUCUGGAGGUCGUGAGAUAUCUGCGCAGCGCUGGAUAUGACUUCGGGGUACACUCUUUGCAUGCAGCCGCAGACGGCAAUCACUUGAUGGUCGUGGAAUUUCUCCUUGCUUUUGUACACGUCAACGCUGCAGGCAUCGGCCGCACUCGUGCCUUGGACAUUGCAAGGGCAAAGGACCCUAAUGGCCCCGUGACCGAAGCGUUGCUGCUGGCAGGUGCCAGUCCCGGCCCUGAGCCGCAGCUGGUUGGGCUCACUGCUUUGAAACCAUCUGACACACCGCCGCACGGCUACGAUUGGUUCACCUGCGGUGCCCCAAACUUGGCCCAGAGCCGAGGCAAGUUUUAUCACGAAAUCCAGAUCUUGAGCGAGUUCGACUGCCCCCAGCUGGGUUGGCUCAGUACAGAUUUCGAGGGUGGCGAAGUCGAUGACGAUGAAGGCGUCGGAGAUGAUUCCAAUGGCUGGGCGUUUGAUGGGCAACGGCUUUGCUGCUGGCACGGUGGGAGAAGGGAACCGCUGCAGAUCGCACCGUGGAAUGUCAACGACGUCCUCGGCUUUGCCAUCGACCUGGACGAGGGGCAGAUGCAGCUGCGCACUGAGCAGCAAGAACUGACCAUGCCGUUCAAGGAUACCGCGUCAAAGCUGGUGCUUGAGGUCUUCCUGACGCGCUUCACAAUGGGUUUGGCAAGCCCGGUCGUGGGCCUUCUGGAGAUCUCGUGGCGCGAAGAGCUGUUGCCGAUCCAGUUCGUACAGGCUCUUGCUGAGAUAGCGCUGAAAAGAACUGGAAGAAGGAUUGGAAGCGUGGAGUCCAAGUGCAGUUCAUCGGCAGGUUUCAAGGAACCAAUAGGAAUCAAAUCGAAGAUCUUUAUUUUGCCGAUUGCGCAACCCAAUUCCGGGGCCAGGGAGGCGCAGCGACGGAAGCGCGGAGUCCAAGCACGGUUCGUCAAGAUCUUCAUGGGAGUCUGGUGGAGGGUGUACAACACAUGUGUGGGUCCAGAAAUGUCCAGAAGGUUGGAGUUUGAUUCGUUGAUUUUGCGCCAAGGUGCCCCGGCGAAGAUUCCACAGCAGCCAAUUGCAGAACCUGACUUCGCGACAGAAAUAGGCUCAGCUCCCUUUGAACCUGGGGGAUAA